CACGACGCCACGUACCCGAGGAACGCGUGUAUGCAAGGCUGCAGUGGCCCCAUAUCUGACAAGUGCCCUCAGAAGGUGAGUGAGAACUGCCUCUACCUCAACAUAUUUGUACCUCUGGAUGUGAACUUCAGUUCCCCUUUACUGACAACCCUGCCAGUGAUGGUGUGGAUCCACGGGGGAGAUUUCAUUGCUGGCUCAGCCUCCAAGCCCCUGUACGAUGGGAGGUUCAUCAGUAACUUCACUCGCACUGUGGUGGUGAGCAUGGCGUAUCGGCUAGGGGCGUUUGGUUUCCUCGUCUCGGGAAAAGACCCCAAAACCUCAGCAACCGGGAAUUAUGGGAUCCUGGAUCAGCAGGUUGCUCUUCUCUGGGUUCAACAAAACAUCGCUCUGUUCGGAGGCGACCCCAGCAAGGUGACCAUGUUUGGGGAGAGUGCAGGAGCCCAGUCAGUGAGCCUCCAUCUGAUGGUCCAGAGCAGUAAGCCCCUGUUCAAACAGGCUGUGUUCCAGAGCCUACCCUUCUCCAUCCUCUCAAGACCAGGUCGGUGA